AACAUUAAUUGAAUUAAAUAAUAAUUUUUUAACUCAGGAGCAAAGAUGCAUCGAACUUCUAUUUACGAAGGACUAACUCUUUAUGAUUCAAGCUUAUCACAAGACGAAAUAAAAUGGGUGAGAAAUUCAAGGACCUACCACAUCAUUUGAUGGUGCCUUAACCUCUUGAUGGUUGUUUAUCUGGCAUAUUUUGUCUUCCGGAAGUUUGAAUCUGUGUUCAUGGGAUACAUAAUAUUCUCUUGAUUUGCCCUAAUUGCCUCACUAAUUUAUGCAAGGCGUUAUAAAUCAUGGUAUGGGCACAACAUUCUUGUAUAUUUCAUUUUAAUAGUCUUCAUUAUCAUAAACUUCAUACUGUUCGGGAUAGCAAUCAUCGCUGAAUUUUGGCCGUUAGAGACUUCUAGCGGUUACAGGAGGGCUCAUGAUUGGUGGUAUGAGAUAGCCUUUACGCUACUGUUCUUCUUCAUUCCUGUUCUCCAUUCAAUGGCUAUAAUUUAUCUGUUUUCCGUUAGAAAGCAAUGAGAGAAUAGAAUUUUAAGAGAAAGAGGUGGACUUAAGACUGCUCAUGGCAAACAGAUCCUGGAAUACAAGCCCCAUCAGGAUGAUAAAGAUUAUGAGCGGAAUUUCCAAGGUGCCCAGAAUAUGAUAUAGCUCUAUGGCUCUCUAGCUUCGCCAUAAAAGCAAUCCUAUUG